AUGAGCCUUGAUGACUCGCCAAUGCUCGAGCCGUCACAUACAGUGGCGAACCAUUACAAGUACAGGGCCGGAUUUCCCGAGAAAUCGUUGAAUGAGCACGUGCCGAGACGUGAGGGGCAGACCAAGGAGGUAGCAUCUAUCCAGGCUACUAUCGCUGUUCGAGGACCUCCGCUAUCAAAACCAGACAAAAUCUUGACCAUGGCUGAACCAGAUCGGCCUUAUGAUAUGUGGCCCGAUCCGGAUCACGGUCUCAAGGACACACGUGGUGCUCUGAUCCCAGAGGGCCUCAAUGACAACAGGGAUGGUACGUUCUCCAUUGUUGGUACGCACCAACUUGGAGCACCCCGUGUUGUAUCGAAGCGCCGUGUCAGUCUUCAUAAGGAUCCAACCGUUGAAACAUGCCUUCCCUCGCUGAAAAAAGCAGAGAUCGAAGAGGAAGAGAGGAAAAGGCGCCAGAUGGGAGCUUCCAUGGUCAAACACACCACCCACAAACCUGCUGCGGACCCAGAAGGACUUUGGAAGUACAUAUGCAGCAUGGUUGACGACGAUCUCGCAAGGCCAACCCAUCCAAGCUUUGACCAUCUCCUGGCCCUCCCUCGAAUUCGGGAUUUGAAUAUCAUCGACAAAAGGCUGAACCCGAAGCACUUGAUUCACUCAACGCUGACGGUGGGUUUGGUUAUUCAAGUAACAGGAGUGGAAAGGCAGACAAAGCAAUGCACAGCCUGCCGCCGCGGAGACGGUCCGUUUCAGGAAUGCGUCAGCAUCUGUCCGGAACUUGCCAAUGAGGUAGCCCAGUCAAAUCCGCCAUUGGCGACAUCGCCAAGCAAUCGCUGGUGUUGUAUGAACUGCGUAGUCAAUAGGCAAACCUCACAGUGCAGUCUCAAGGCUUCUAUGCUGGAACGGUCAGAAGAUGGCAGUGUGAAAGAACGCAUACCGCACUGGAUGGUGGAUUCAGAACAACGACCUCCUGCAGGCAUGACCAAGAAGCUGAAAGAAGCCAGUCAGGAUACUGUAUCUGUCGACGAUGAAACCAACUCGAGCUAUCGGCGGUCUGGGCGUCUAAGGCCUCAGUUUGAGACUAAGCCUUCCUCGGCAUCACCGAAACGGUCUUUUGAGUCAAUGGACAUGGCAUUUUCUCAGGUCGCUGCAGCAGCCUCACAGGAAGAGGAAGCCAGCAGCUCUUUGCGAGCAUCUAAACGUGUUCGGGGGAUGCAAUCUCCAGCGACCGUUCUAACUAGUUCAAUCCAAGAUUCGUUGAUGGUAGAAGACUGGGAGAUGGAAGCAAAGGUUAUCCCCAGAGGAAAUGGCUCUUCUGACAACCUCGCCUUAUCCUCCUCCUACCAACAAAACUCCUCAGCCUCCUACUCCACCCAAAUCAUCCCCUCCUCUUUCCCAUCCCUCUCCAUGUACGUCAUCAGAAUCCCCUCGGGAAGCUCCCACUGCCUUGGAGGCGCCACUACAUCAAACGAGUCACAGCAUCAGAAUCGUAUGUGCACGGUCAUUUCCGGCAAGUUACGCGUCAAAAUCCAAGCAGUGGACGACGAAACAGACAAUGCCGAGUUCAAUAUCGGAUUACUUGGCGUGUUCAAGCUGGUGGUGGGGAUGGAAGCGAAGGUUGAGAAUCGGGGGUAUAUUGAUGCUGUGCUGCAGGUUGUUGGUACCUACUAA